AUGGAAGUCAAAUUGGAAAAAAGUCUUUUUGAAAGGGGUGAUAAGAAGGUUAUCUGCAACAAGUUCAUCCAGACGAGUGCUGUGACUUGCCUGCUCUGGCCACUGGAAAAUGCGAUUGUGUUUGGCUUGGCGGAAGGAAAGGUGCGUCUGGCAAACAUAAAAACCAACAAGUCAUCCACUAUUUACAGCACAGAAUCCUUUGUAGUGUCUAUGACAUCAAAUGUUUCAGGGAAGGGUAUCCUCUCUGGUCAUGCUGAUGGCACCAUUGUACGCUAUUUCUUUGAUGAUGAGGGUUCUGGGGAGUCUCAGGGUAAGCUGGCGACGCACCCCUGCCCACCCUAUGCUCUGGCGUGGGCCACCAACAGUAUAGUGGCCGGGGGCUGUGAUAAAAAGCUGGUUGCUUAUGGGAGAGAGGGAGAGGUUAUCCAGACAUUUGAUUAUAGUCGGGACCCCACGGAGAAGGAGUUCACAGCCGCCAUUGUCAGUCCCAGCGGGCAAUCAGUGGUGAUCGGAAGCUACGAUAGGCUGCGAGUGCUAAACUGGAGCUCACGGCGCGGGGCAUGGGAGGAGGCCAAAGCCAAGGAGAUUCCUAAUCUGUACACCAUAACGGCACUGGCGUGGAAGAGAGAUGGCUCCCGACUGUGUGCGGGUACGCUCUGUGGGGGAGUGGAGCUAUUUGAUUGCUGCCUGCGUAGAACCAUCUAUAAAAAUAAAUUUGAGAUGACGUAUGUGGGCCCUUGUCAGGUUAUUGUAAAGAAUCUGUCCUCUGGGACACGAGUUGUGCUAAAGUCACAUUACGGUUAUGAGGUGGACGAGGUGAAGAUCCUUGGAGGUGAGAGGUACCUGGUAGCGCACACCCCGAACACGUUACUGCUGGGCGAUCUGGGCACCAACAGAUUGAGUGAGGUGCCGUGGUCAGGAUCAGGUGGGAAUGAAAAAUUCUUCUUUGAAAAUGAAAAUGUGUGCAUGAUCUUUAAUGCCGGGGAGCUGACGCUGGUGGAAUAUGGCAGCAAUGACAUUGUGUGCACUGUGAGGACGGAGUUUAUGAACCCGCAUCUAAUCAGUGUGCGCCUUAAUGAGCGGAGGCAGAGGGGUGCUGGCGACAACAAGAAGCUGGCGUACUUGGUAGACAUGAAAACCAUCGCCAUAGUUGAUCUCCUCUCUGGGGUCAGUGUGGCGACUGUUAAUCACGAUGUCAAAAUUGAUUGGUUGGAAUUAAAUGAAACUGGUCACAAACUACUGUUCCGCGACAAAAAGAUGCGGCUAAACCUUUAUGACAUCAGCAGACACCAGAAGACAACAAUGCUAGAUUACUGCGCAUAUGUACAAUGGGUCCCCAGCAGUGAUGUUGUUGUGGCACAGAACAGGAGCAACUUGUGUGUCUGGUAUAAUAUUGACUGUCCUGAGCGGGUGACCACUUUCCCUAUAAAGGGGGACAUUGCUGACCUAGAGAGGAAUGAUGGGAAAACUUCAGUCAUUGUGAAUGAGGGUGUAAACAUGGUUUCUUACUCGCUGGAUGACCGGCUGAUAGAGUUUGGGACUGCAAUAGACGAUGCCGACUACUACAGAGCCGCUGCCUUCCUGGAUAAUUUGGAAAUGUCAGCAGAAACAGAGGCCAUGUGGAGAACACUCAGCAGACUGGUACUGGAUGCCAAACAGCUUCAUAUAGCAGAGAGGUGUUUCUUUGCCCUUGGCGAUGUGGCGAAAGGCAAGUACCUGCAUGAGAUAAAUGAGAUAGCAGAUCAGGCAGCUAAAGAUCAGGGAGGAGAUGGGACCGGGUAUUACAAGGUGCAGGCACGACUGGCUUUGCUGAAUAAAAACUACAAACUUGCAGAGAGGAUCUACCUGGAUCAGAACGAGCUGGAGGAAGCCAUAGAAAUGUACCAGAAGAUGCAGAUGUGGGAUGAGUGCAUUGCAGUAGCAGAGGCAAAGGGUUACCCUGACCUGGAGAGUCUGAAGCACCAGUAUCUGCAGCACUUGACUGAGAGCAAACAGGAUGAACGUGCCGGCGAGGUGCUGGAACAUCAGGGUAACGUUGUCUCUGCUGUCAACAUGUAUCUGAAAGCUGGGCUACCAACCAAGGCUGCACGCCUGUGUCUGGGCAACUCGCUGCUGCUAUCCGAAUCCCAGAUCAUUGAGAGGGUGACCAACACGCUUAUAAAGGGAGAUUUUCAUGAGAGGGCUGGAGAUCUGUUUGAGAAGGUUAAAAACUAUCGUCGGGCCCUUGAAUGCUACUGUAGAGGCAGUGCUUUCAGGAAAGCUGUAGAGUUGGCUCGAAUGGCGUUUCCUUUGGAAGUGGUGAAGCUAGAGGAGUCCUGGGGGGAUUAUCUGGUACAACAGAAGCAACAGGAUGCAGCUAUCAACCACUAUAUUGAGGCAGGGUGUUCCAUCAAAGCCAUUGAGGCCGCUGUUGGUGCCCAGCAAUGGAAAAAAGCCAUUCACAUCCUAGAGCUGCAAGAUCCAACGACAGCAAGUGCUUAUUAUCUGAGGAUAGCCCAGCAUUAUGCUUCCCAGCAGGAGUACGGGGUUGCGGAACAGCUGUUUAUUAGGGCAGAUCGCACAAAGGACGCCAUUGAUAUGUACACUCAGGCUGGACUCUGGGAGCAGGCUCACAAGUUGGCCUCAAAGUGCAUGGCGCAGGAGGAGGUGUCACUGCUGUACGUGACUCAAGCCAGGGAGUUGGAAAAGCAGGGACGAUACAGAGAGGCGGAAAGACUUUACAGCACGGUUGGUGAGCCUGAUCUUGCCAUAACAAUGUACAAGAAACACAGAAUGUACGAGGACAUGAUCCGACUUGUGGCCAAAUAUCAUCAGGAUCUACUGGCAGACACCCACAUGCAUCUGGGUAAAGAGCUGGAAGCCGAAGGACGCCUGCGAGAGGCUGAGCAUCAUUAUCUGGAAGCAAAAGACUGGAAGGCAGCUGUUAAUAUGUACAGAUCAGCCGACAUGUGGGAGGAAGCGCACAGGGUUGCUAAAGCAUAUGGUGGGGCCAAUGCACAUAAACAUGUGGCUUAUUUGUGGGCAAAGAGUCUGGGAGGAGACGCAGCUGUGAAGCUGCUCACUAAAUUCAGCCUUCUGGAGAUGGCGAUCGAUUACGCUGCAGAGAAUGGCACAUUUGACUUUGCCUUUGAGCUGAGUCGUCUUUCCAUGAAACAGAAGCUGCCAGAGCUGCACCUUAAGUAUGCUGUUUACCUAGAGGAUGAGGGGCGGUUUGCAGAUGCUGAGGCAGAGUUUGUUAAAGCUGAGAAGCCCAAAGAAGCUGUGCUAAUGUAUGUCCAUGAACAAGACUGGGAUUCUGCCCAGCGUGUUGCAGAGCUGCAUGACCCAGACAGUGUGGGCGACGUUCUGGAAGGACAAGCACGGUUUGCUUUUGGACAGAGGGAGUAUCAGAAGGCAGAAGCUUUAUUACUGCGUGCCCAGAGACCAGAAGUGGCUGUGCGUCAUUACAAGGCUGCUGAGAUCUCCAUUAAGUUCCUGCCGGCUGCUAGAGGUGUAGAAGUGAUUCGUAUUGUGGGUCCCCAGCUUGUGUCCAUUGGAAAGCACAGUGCGGCAGCCGAACUUUUCCUCAAUAUGGAUCUCAUUAAGGAAGCGAUUGAUGCCUUUAUUGACGGGGAGGAGUGGAACAAAGCCAAACGAGUGGCCAAGGAGCUGGAUCCCAGGUAUGAGGAGUAUGUUGAUGAACUGUACAAGGAGUAUCUGAAGAACCAGGGAAAGGUGGACUCGCUGGUAGGUAUUGAUGUCAUGUCAGCGCUGGAUAUGUAUGCUGAGCGCGGGCAGUGGGAGAAAUGCAUUGAGACAGCAGCCAAACAGAGCUACAAAGUGCUCCAUAAGUACAUAGCCCUAUUUGCCACACACCUCAUCAAGGAGGGCCACUGGGAUAAGGCCCUUAGUCUGUACGUACAACAUGGUGCCCCAUCCAAUGCGCAGAAUUUCAACAUCUACAAACGAAUAUUUGUGGAAAUGGUUAGUGCAGAUGCCAUGAACAACGCAGAUGUGUACCGUGCUUGGGCAGACCUCCGUGACGUGUUGUACAAUCUGUGUGACAACCUGAUGACGUCCAGUGAGGCGAACUCUCCCGCACACCAAGAGUUUCAGCAGAUGCUUCUAAUUUCUCAUUAUUACGCCACACGAUCAGCAUCACAAGGUGUUUCUCAGCUGGAGGUUCUGGCAGCCAAGCUGAGCAUAUCGCUGCUGCGCCACACUGACCUGCUUCCUGCGGAUAAGGCUUUUUAUGAAGCUGGAAUGGCAGCCAAGACAAUGGGCUGGGACAAUGCUGCCUUCAUCUUCCUCAACAGAUUUGUGGAUCUUGUGGACGCAAUUGAGGAGGGUAACCUGGGUGCACUUGAUCACACUGACUUCCAGGACACAGACAUUCCCUUUGAAGUUCCUCUGCCAGCCAGACAACAUCUGCCGCUGGAAGAGCGUGAGAAGGUACGCGAGUGGGUUCUUGCAGUGUCCAUGGAUCAGCAUGUUGAGCAGGUCCUUCCUCAAGAUGAGAGAGGGACUUAUGAAGCGUCUCUAUUGGCCAGCGGCAGUGGCAUUCGCUCGUUGCCUUGUCUAAUCACUGGGUACCCGGUGCUGCGCAACAAAAUAGAAUUCAAGCAGCCGGGCAAAGCAGCUAAUAAAGAUGACUGGAAUAAGUUUCUUAUGGCCGUCAAGACCAGCCACAGUCCGGAGUGUCAAGAUGUCCUGAAGUUCAUCAGCCGGUGGUGUGGGGGGCUCCCGACCACCAGCUUCUCCUUCCAGUGAGGCCUCUUCAAUGACAUAAUUGUGCCCGAGCCCCACACUGUUUUAUGUUAAUAAAGCUUUAAACAACAA